AGGAUGGACAAUUGCAGUGCAAUGCUGACAUGAUUUGUACUGACAAUUCCACCAGGCCAUCACCUUCAACAAUGCCUGAACCUACGUGUGAUCCACCGUGUUCUGAUGACGACAAUAAAGUGUGUAGAGACGGGGUGUGUGUGUGUGUUGUGACGACGGGUUUGCUCUGGAAGGCGCCAACUGUCGAAAUCAAAUGUGUCGCGAUGUAAACGGCAAGACUUGGACUUGGCUGUCGGAGAAAGCAUCUUCCUGUUCGUUGACGGAACGGGUGGUUCGGGGGCCACGUGUCGUGUCUUUACUUGUCAGUAUGUACCAGUCUUGGACCGCCUGGGAGCACACGGCCCACAACACUCCUGCAGUGAUGUCGAAGCGCAAGUCAGUAACGUGGGAGGGUGUUCGCUGGAUGGUCUAACUGAAAUGCAAAUGAACCUCUCGAUAUGCUGUGACAUAUGUGACCGGUGUGACUUCCACGUGUGUCCAGAAAACUCGCACUGUAAUCCCAUCAACACGAUUGCCGAGUGUCAGUGUGACAAUUUGUAUGAAUUGAAUGACGAAGGAAAUUGUGUUGAUAUCGACGAAUGUGCCGACGGACACGAAGUCAGAUGUGGAGAAAAUGCAGUCUGUGUGAAUGAAGUUGAGAACCAGACGCGAGGGUUCACGUGCGUGUGUGAAUCCGGAUACGAAACGGACAUACUUGGAUUAUGCAGAGAUGUUGACGAAUGCACCGACACACCCAAUGCCUGUCCGGCCAACAGCGACUGUAUCAACACAGAAGGCAGCUAUACCUGCGAGUGUAUCAGUGGUUACGUCAGAACUAGCCCCACUCAAUGUGAACCUGUUUGCAGCGAUCCGUGUCAGAAUGGAGGUACAUGCGUCGACCCGGAAACCUGUGCCUGUCUCCCUGGAUACGCAGGUGAAAUCUGCACUGAUGAUGUCAACGAAUGUUUGACGCAGAACCACAUGUGCACGCAUCGCUUCUCAGAAUGCGUCAACACGAUCGGCGGCCAUUUUUGUCGCUGUCAGGCCGGUUACCAGGGCAACGGCACAAACUGUGAAGUAGAUUGUUACCUGCCACUAGCGGACGGAAGCCAAACUGUCGUCAUGAGACCCAACUCGUUUUGGAUCGACCCUAACGACCCUUGUACCCAGUGGAGAUGUCACUCUCCUCAGGAGGUGAACGCUGAAGCUGAUUGGUCGAGUGUGUUUCACGCGGCUCAGCCGUUCAGCCCCUAUCACGUGCCUCUGCCAGUGAGGAUGGGGCGAGCUGAGGCUGGCUCCAUACCGCCUCAAGCCCUCGGGAACCUCGAACUCAUCAAGAUUCCAAAUUUCUUUCAUCUGACACCACCGGCCAUUCAAAAACACUGCGAAGGACUGAAACCUCUGUGCACGCCGUGGCCAAGAAGACUGCGGAGUCUGCCAGUCAAGAUCGAGACUAGGAACUACGUCUUUCCCGGCCGGUCUGUGAGACACGAGGGAUCGAGAAAAGUCGUCCUCACCGUAAAGCUAGGAGCCCUAACCCUAUCAGAGAGAGCAAGAAGAAAGAUGAUAGAACUGGCCGGGUCUUGUUAUGAUGAUACCUCUGACACCGUCAGAUUGGUUGGGAAGAGAUGUCCAACAAGAGAACAAAACAGAGAUUACGUCAUGUAUCUUUUGAAGGUGCUCUAUUUGGAAUCAAACAAAGUUGAGCCGUGGGAAGGUGAAUUGGACCAACAAACUCAGUAGUUUUAUAACCAGUCACAUCUCUUCAUGGUCACGUGAUUA